CUCUUUUAUUAAUUGUACUUUUCUGUUGACCUAGUAGCUUAGGUUCGUGUGAAUUCUUCUGCUUUCCUAUUUCGUCACCCAAAUGGUGGUUUCGAGUUGGAAGUUGGAUCAAUGGGAAAUUCAACGUGAUAAGUGUAAUUCUAUAAAUUCGGAAGAGGAUGACCACAUGGAAGUUGAACCAGAGGACCAUCCUCUUCUCCAUAUUUUGGUCGGGGAGAAUCGGUGUAUUAGGGUUUCUACAGGUCUUUUUAUAGGUAUUUUGUUGCGUUAACUUUCAUGAUUAUCAUAUUCAUUUGCUGAAAGCUAUUACAUCUGAACUUCCCGAACAAUGGCAAGUUUUCUUGUGUGGAAGGAUUUAUAGGCAUCUUGGAGCACUUGGACUCAGGAACUGUGCGUUUCCAUUUACUGAAGGGAUUGUGUAACGCAGCAGAUUACUUGAUAAACCAAAUAUGAGUAUGAAACUCGUAAUACGCGCAUUGAUCACAAAUGAGAGCAUGAGACUCAUAAUAAGCACAGUGAUUGGAGUUAUGCUUGGCCUCUUUAUCGGAAUGUCAUCCCCGACAGUGAUCAUAACCAAUCUUCAGUUUUCUUCUAGCUUUCUUUCGUACAUCGAAGACAAGGAUUCAGGCAUCACAACUCAUGGCUUGCUGAACCAUGCUGGAACAUCUGUAACUAAAACCAAUUUGCCGUUGAAUUCAAAUGGCCCCGCAAAGAUUUAUGUUCCUUCAAAUCCUAAAGGGGCAGAAAGACUACCACCUGGGAUUCUUGCACGUGAAUCAGAUUUUUAUCUACGUCGAUUGUGGGGUAGUCCAAGUGAGGAUCUACGAAUACAGCAGAAGUACCUAGUAGCAUUCGCAGUCGGACUUGGUCAAAAGGAGAAUAUUGAUGCAGCGGUGAAAAAGUUCUCUGAAAAUUUUACCAUCGUAUUAUUUCAUUAUGACGGACGGACUAGCGAAUGGGACGAAUUUGAGUGGUCAAAACGAGCAAUCCAUGUAAGUGCAAAGAAGCAAACUAAAUGGUGGUUUGCUAAACGGUUUUUGCACCCUGACAUAGUUGCCUGUUAUGAAUACAUUUUUAUCUGGGAUGAAGAUCUAGGAGUAGAGCAUUUUAAUGCUGAGGAGUACAUUAAGCUGGUCAGGAAAUAUGGCUUGGAAAUCUCACAACCUGGUUUGGAUCCAAACAGUGGGUUCGCAUGGCAAAUGACUAGAAGGAUGAGUGAUCGUGAAGUUCACAAGGAAACAGAGGAGAGACCUGGUUGGUGCACUGAUCCCCACCUCCCUCCAUGUGCUGCAUUUGUUGAGAUAAUGGCGCCUGUCUUCUCACGAAAUGCAUGGAGAUGUGCAUGGCAUAUGAUUCAGAAUGAUCUGGUUCAUGGAUGGGGCCUUGAUCUUGCGCUGAGAAAAUGUGUGGAGCCUGCACAUGAGAAAAUAGGAGUUGUAGAUUCUCAAUGGAUUGUUCAUCAAGUUGUUCCUUCACUUGGUAAUCAGGGAAAGGCAGAAAAUGGAAAUGCUCCAUGGGUUGGGGUGAGAGAGAGGUGCCGAAACGAGUGGGGGAUCUUUCAAACUCGAUUAGCCGACGCUGAGAAGUCGUAUUACAUAAAGAUGGGGAUUAAUCCCCCAAAUGAUACACAUGCCUAGAUUAUAUGAGUAUAUUUUCAUAGAUUAAUGCCCUCCCUCACCUUGUGGUCCCAUUCCAAAUAUGAGCAUAUUGUUGGUUCCAUAGUUCAAAUAUGGAGUUAGACCACAAACAAUUUUGUGUGGGUUUGGGUUAUUUCAUUGUGUUGAGUAAUUUUGAUAUAAGUAAUCUGAUUGGUAAUUUUGUUUUAUU